ACUGCUUACACCAUAUUCCGUCACUUUCUUUCACGUUUUUAUCUUUUUUUUUUUUUUUAUUUCUAUCAUUCCUCGCCAACCCUCUCCCAUAUCUUUUCUCUUGCAAAACCCAUAUAUCUUUUCUUCAUAUCCACCUCUUUAUCAACAUCUGGACUCUUUUUGUUUUUAUUGGGAGGUGACGAUGAUAAUGAUGAUGACGGCGAAAGAUGAGUGGGUUCGGGCGGCGAUGACGGACGACAACGUGGUGGUGGAGUUGCUAGUAAGGCUAAAGCAAGGGCAGGCCGCGCCUCCUACUCCGAAAUCUGCGGUGGCUGGACUUAAAUGGGGGAUACGUCAGCCCAGGUCUAGACCUAUGCUGAUGCGGUGCGACGCUGAGAGAGAUGGAGAUUUUAAAGUCAGCACUAGAGGUAGCCCCACCACUCCUCUUUCUUGGAGCGGUGGUGGCGCCGCCGCCUCUCCUUCCGCUGCCGAAGGCUUUGAAGAGACCAGCAGACACGUCCUUGGCUCUCGACCAGCUGCGCCUUACAGAUCCAAGGGCACUGCUGCUAAUGAAACCACUAGCACAACAACCAAGAGAUCAAGAAGAAAGAAGACAUUUGCUGAACUUAAGGAGGAGGAAAAUAAGCUUUUGAAGGAAAUGAUUUACUUGAAGAAGGAGAUAGCAUCGAUGCAUGCCGCUUGUAACGAACAUAGGGCCAGGAAUGAGAACUUGAAAAGAAUUAAGCUUGAUUUGAACUUGCACACUGCAAAGAACCCGGGUUUAUUUGCUGAUGAACCCGAGAAAGUCCCUUCUUGUCAACCCAAUCAGAGAGUACCCUCUUCUCUUGACUACAUUCCUUCAACAUUGCCAUUGCACGCCAUUGAUGAUCGGAAACCACUGUCAGAUUCUUGCGAUGAUGGCAAGGCAAUUUCUAGCGAGGAGACUUUUUUCUUACUGCCUGAUCUAAAUAUGAUGCCUGCUGAAGAUGAUUCUGUCACUGAGAUUUUAUAUGGGACUAGCUGAAAAGAUGAGUAGACUUCUUUCCCUUCUCGCAGCCAAUGGGUGUGAGAAAGUGGAGGGGACUUACUAGAAAACAGUGACACUGGCCAAGGAGCUAUUUUAUUUGCUAAUGUAAACUACACUGCAACUCAGGCCAAGCAGCCAACCCUGGUAGAGGCAGAAGAAGCUGACGGUUAACAGAGAAGAUUUUGAAGGUAGUUUUGAAAUCCUAGCCUGUAGAUGGUAGAUAUACUUGUCACAAUGCAGGUUGCUACAUUCCUCCGAAAUUCGUCGGGGUAAACCCUCAUUACUUCUUUGUUUCGGAAUUAUGUCGAAAUAGGGAUAACCUGAUAGCCUUGCCUAUGUAAGCCUCUUGAAACUAAUUUCACAAUUUUGUUCUUACAAACUCUGUUUUCUGUACCCCUUUUGCAAUUGUUCCUUUUUCUCGGGGGAGGAAUUUCAGAAAUGACUUUCCAGAAUCCUUGAUGGUACUAUUUCAUUAUAAUCUUCUUUACUAGUGAAAUCUCUUAAAUGAGCCAAAUUUUUGCCAAUUAGACCAGUAACAUGAUCUUUACCUUUGUUACUAAGUAGUAGCAUU